UUUCCAAACAACUACAUCUGACCCAUCAAGAAGGACAUCAUCAUCAUCAUGAAGGCCAAGGCAAUCGAGAUCAGAUGGCAUAACACCAAGCCAAUCUAUUCCACCGACUUCCAGACCAUACCACCCUCGAACCUGAACUCACUCAUACCCAAUAGGUCUCAUCCUUACCUACAAUCUGAACUUGACAAACAGGUACAACAACUGGAGUCUGAGAUUGGAUGCGGUCAAGUUUGGAGACUAGCGACUGCUGGGGGUGAUAACCUGGUCAUGAUGUGGCUCGUUUAUCCUAAACCAACGAUGGCACAAGUUAACCAACACAGGAAUGCUUACCAAUCAACCGGUCAACCCACACCACCCACACUCGAUCCAAAAUCAUUCCUCGAUCACAAGCAUAACCACCCUCCAAUUGUCGAAUACCUUGCAACUCUUACCAAGCAUCAAGGCGUCGUCAACGUCGUCAGGUUUUGCCCCAGAGCUGAAAUGUUGGCCUCGGCUGGUGAUGAUGGGAACGUAUUGCUCUGGGUGCUCUCCACCAACCCGAUCCCUACUGCUUUUGGCGAGUCGGCUGCUGACAAGGCUUAUGAACGAGAGAGCUGGAGAACAAGAUUGAUGCUCCGCGGACCAGCUCAGUGCGAAAUUUAUGAUCUGGCGUGGUCGCCAUGUGGGGAUUUCAUUUUGACUGGCGAUACCGCCAAGACGGCGCGAAUUUGGAAUGUCACAGAUGGCUCCUGCAUCAAACAAAUAGCCGAACACUCAAACUUUGUUCAAGGUGUCGCGUGGGAUCCGUUGGGCGAAUACAUCGCCACUCAGAGUAGUGACCGUUCGAUGAACGUAUAUUCGGUUCAACUGAAUAAGGAAGAAAGUGGUUCAGCGACGGCGGAGAUCCACCAUGUUGCAAAAAAUUACAAAAUCGAUCUUUUAAAUCAACAAACUAGUUCCUGGAGUAGCUUUCCAAAUCUCCAUCACGAGAGGGAUGACAUUCACCCCUCCAGUGCUCGAUCACUCGCUACAAGUACAAGUUUCGACACCCGCAGCGAUACCUCCGCGCCUACCUCUGUCGCCUCUGCUCAGACCCCCAAGCCUAAACCGCCUCCUCGAACGGUAUCAAAUACAUCCAACGUCCCUGAAUCGCCGUCUCAUCUUCCAUCUCCGCAAGUCAGUUCAAGUAAUCGGGUACCUUCGGCUCCACCCACCCCAAGCACAGCGGCGAGUACUCUGUUCAACGAAGACUCUAGCAUGCAGCCACCAAGCGAGAUCCCACGUCAUACUAGUUUGAGCUCAAUAUCCACCCCCCAUGUUCGCAAUCUAUCCAAUUCUAGACAGUCAUCUGUGGUUUCCAGUCAAGCAAUGUCACCUUCCAGCCGGCCCAUCCGAUCCCCAUCACCAGUCCCUCCACUACCCGCAAUUCAUGUCAAUGAGGAGAAGAGGAGUAGCUCGGUAUUGCUGUACGGCGAUGAGGGUGCCAGUGCGUUCUUCAGAAGGCUGACUUGGAGCAAUGAUGGUUCGACGUUAAUCACACCGGCAGGAAGAUGGGAGAAUCGGUUUACGAAAUCUGAAACUGAAAGAAAGGGUAGCAAUGGCAAAGGCAAAGGCAAGGAGAUCGAGCGAGGAGUUAGUGGCGAAACGUCGGCCAAGAAACGCCGAAGACGACGGACAGCCACGAAUGACUUGAUUGUUGAAUCGGAUGAUGAAGCCGAUCAGGCUGGUGGACAAGAUCCUGGAAAAGAGAGUCCAACGGUGUUCAUCUACGGCAGAGGGGCGAUAAGUGCGAGUAGUGGCAAUACCCAAGCAUGCCAGCCUCUGGCACGAUUACCGGGGCACAAGAGUAGCAGUGUAGCCAUCCGUUUUUCGCCGGUCAUCUAUCGCUUGAAGGCACUCAAAUCGGCCGGCGGGUCAAAGAAGUCUAGCCAGCAGAACCCUCCUCCCCUUCAAGUAGAAUUGGCUCAUGGAUCUCCCAUGCAGGAAAUCGAUUUGAACAAACUCUCAUCUCAUCAUCAACACCACCAUCAGCAACAGGCUCCUAAGUCAGGUGAUGAUCCGGUCGCGGUAUUCGAUUUGCCUUACCGCAUGAUCUACGCCGUCGCUACCCACGAUACUGUUUACAUUUAUGACACCCAACAAUCGUCCCCUAUCUGCUUAUUUAACAACCUACAUUUCUCAAGCUUUACAGACUUGUCUUGGACUAACGAUGGUGAGACGUUAGUGUUGAGUUCAAGCGAUGGGUAUUGUUCCCUAGUGAUCUUCGAUAAGGGCGAGUUGGGCGACCGGCUGACAGAAGAAGAAGUACAAGAACAUUUGCCUGCGAAGUUCUUGAGGAACAUGGUUAGAAAGGAGGAAGAAGAGAUCAUCUCGGCCACUCAUCCAGUCACCCCUGUCCCGAUCAGUGCUCGUGUUGGUGACCAGAAUAGUAGUAAUACAAUUGGUAGUACUUCCAAGCAGUUCACUAAAGGCGACGCUGGUGAGGUCGGUGUCGGCAAUCUUUCUGCAGUCCCUUCGGCUACCAUCGCUCAACCCGACUCUGCUACAGACGGCCUUCCACAGAAAAAAAAGAAAAGAGUUGCACUCACUUACGAGGGGCCUGUCAAAGGCUAACUCUUUAUACUUAAUUUACCCAUCUCUAAUAUUCUCCUCUUUCUGUUAAACCAUUUUUUCCUAUUUUUUUUAAUCAGAAAAAAAUGGCUUAUGUUUGUUUGUUUGUACUUGAUGGAGAUGGGAAAAAAUAGAAUAUACACACCAAAUAGUAACAUGCUUCUUAUUUGGGAGAGAUAGACUCUGAGAGCAAGUCAAG